CUUCAAUUUCCCUUCAAUGGGAAUUGAGUUUUGGCUAGUUUCAACAUCACAGCCACCAUUUCUAAAAUUACUUCCUUCAUCAAAUAUACCCCUAUGAAAUCCAAGACCCUAGUAUAAAGCCAAAUAUUCUUUUUAUAAUUAAUCAUUUUUCACCUUUAUUAUAUCUACUAUAUAAAAGACAUUAUAAUUUUCCACAAAUUUGUAACUUUCCUAGCCGAGCAUUCAAAAACAAGAAUCAGAACAUAAGUACAAUAACAAGAAUACAACUCAUCAUCACCAUUUUUCCUCCUUUCAAAGAAUGCUUUCUAAUACUUGCAUUCUCUUUUUCUUCUUCUUCUUCUUCUUAACCUUAUCUCCUCUUAUUAUAGCUACCUUUAAUCUUACUCUUCCUUUUCAACACCCCUUUCCUGAAGAUGUUGUUCAAGAAGUAAAGAGGAGGGUCAAUGAAUCCGUUGCAAGAAGACAAAUACUCGAUACCACAGUAACAAAUUUCCAAUGUUUUACGGGCAAUCCAAUAGACGAUUGCUGGAAGUGCGACCCAAACUGGGCCAACAACCGCCAGCAUCUCGCCGACUGUGCCAUUGGGUUCGGUCACGGUGCAGUAGGAGGAAAAGGCGGUCGGUAUUACCUAGUCACCGAUCCCUCAGACUUAGACACCGUGAACCCAACCCCAGGUACUCUCCGGCACGCGGUGAUCCAGGAUGAACCUCUGUGGAUCACCUUUGCCGGAGACAUGAUCAUAACACUAAAACAUGAACUCAUGAUAAAUAAUUACAAAACCAUCGAUGGCCGCGGCGCGAACGUGCAUAUUACAGGAGGUGGAUGUAUAACGUUACAAUAUGUAUCAAAUGUGAUCAUACAUAAUAUACAUAUAUACAACUGUGUUCCAUCUGGAAAUAGUAAUAUAAGGCAAAGUACAACUGAAGUUGGAUGGAGAGGCAUGUCAGAUGGUGAUGGAAUUUCCAUAUAUAGUUCGAGGAAUAUUUGGAUUGAUCAUUGUGCUUUGUCUCAUUGUACUGAUGGCUUAAUUGAUGCAAUUAUGGGAUCUACUGCUAUUACUAUAUCUAAUAGCUAUUUCACUCACCAUGAUAAAGUUAUGCUUUUGGGACAUGAUGAUCGUUACUUGCCUGAUUUCGGCAUGCAGGUGACAAUAGCCUUUAAUCAUUUUGGACAAGGACUGGUACAGAGAAUGCCAAGGUGUAGAAGAGGUUAUAUACAUGUAGUCAACAAUGAUUUUACAGAAUGGCAAAUGUAUGCAAUUGGUGGUAGCGCUAAUCCCACCAUUAACAGUCAGGGCAACCGUUUUACUGCACCUGAGGACCCUAAUGCCAAGGAGGUGACGAAGCGAGUUGACACAGACGAGAAAGAUUGGACUCAGUGGAACUGGAGGACCGAAGGGGACGAAAUGGUAAAUGGAGCAUAUUUUGUUCCUUCAGGUGAUGGACUUAGUAACCAAUAUGCAUUGGCAUCAAGUAUGGAGCCUAAAUCUGCUUUUCUCAUUGAUCAACUCACUAUGAAUGCUGGUGUCCUUGGUGUCCCCAGGGAUACCACUGUGGCCAUGUCAUAUGGUGGAAGAACCAGAACCACCGUCGGAACCAACCAGGGUGGCGGAGCUAGGUCUAAUGACGGUGAUAGCGACUUCUUAGAAAAGGUAUUUGGGAGCGUUGCAUCGGCAGGAUCAUCAUCACCACCUUCAACCACUACCAUCUUGAUGUCUCUUCUAAUUUUGUAUGUUACCACCAACAAUGGUGGCCUAUUGACAAAGCCAUUAAUACUGUUACUAUAGUAAACUUAGGAUGUGAAAGAUUGUAAUACUAUUCUACAAAGAAUGUAUCUAAAGAAAAUUUUCUACUUCAAAGGAUCAUAACUAGGUGCUCCCA